AUGGCAGAGGUAGCCACUGUCCGUGCGCAUAUCAAAGCUUGGGAACGCUCUUUCAAAGAUGCCAACGGACGCCCCCCAACGGUAGAUGAUAUCAAGAAGAACCCUACCAUCGCCAACCAGUACAAACAAUACAAGAAGCUUUCCAAAGCAGCGGCCUCUUCAAAUAGAGCCCAGGAUGCUAACACUGCUGCGAUACCGUCAACACCACCGAGGAAAGCGCGUCCAAAAGACUUGACAAGUCUUUUGCUCUCCAAAUCACGACCCAUUCAACCUCCUACCCCUCUUGUUUCUUUUAAUCCUUUUUCCCCGCAGAAAAUGACCAAAGGUAAACAGAAAGAAAGAGAUUCUGCUAAUGAGGUCGAAGAUGCCUCAAACCCUUUCUUUCAAUCGGAUUCGACGAAGUGUGUUGUGCGUAAGGCGUCACCUGGACUAUCUCCUUCUCCACUACCGUAUCGACCACUAGCUGUACCCACUCUGAAUUCGGACCCAAAAGGACCAAAUUUAUCCUCCACAGCGGUUUCUAGAGCGCGCAAGCGCUUACGAGGAGAACCUGUUUCGCCUUCCCCAAAUAAAGGCAAGAGAAUGCGUGUCUCAUCACAGACUACCCUUCCCUUCCCUCGCCUGCGAUUAAAUACUCCUACCAAUGACGAUGACACAAGUGGUAUUGAGGAUAUAGAUCCAUUUGUAGUGGACAAUUCCCCGGUGAAGGCAACCAUACCCGGUAAAUCAUACCAACAGUUAUUCCAGCCCGGCACCCUGCCUGUCAAUCUUUUUGGAGUCAAAGAUAUUGGUGAAGCUGUGCCUAACAAUUCCGGCUCAAAAAUUUCAAGGCACACAUUUCCGUCAAAUGAACGUCCAAGUGAUCCAGCAGCCUACAACGCCAACAGCAUAUAUUCGAAAAUAUCGUCUUCACAUCUCAUUGGAGGUAAUGGUACGAGCCUCAAAUCCGAACCUUUAGAUAAUCGAUCAUCCGUAAAACGCGCCUUCUCAGAAGAAGAAAAGGAUCCAGAUGUUGCUUUGCCAAGAGAAAAGUCGCCUUUAAUACCGCCAUCGCCACCUCCUAUCGCUGCAAUGCACAAAUCAGGAAAGACAAAAAUAAAUGUUAAAGGUGCUACAAGUCGCAAAAAGGCUAAAAUUGAAACACAAAUGGGAGUUGGCGAUGAUAGUGACGACCCAGAUUACGAUACUACGACCAAGCUGCGUAUCAUUGGACACAAUAAAACGCGUCGUCAACAUGCAUUAACGCGACAAGAAAAAGGCGUUGUCGACUAUGACUCUGAUCCUAUUUUAGAAUUACCACGUUUCGCAGCGCCUCGUGCCCAAUAUCAGGAUAAUGAGGAUAAUGCACCGCAGCAAGACGGGAAUAUAGAAAUUGAUCUACCAGACGAGCUCCGGCGUGUGUUAGCUCUACAGUCAGCGGGGUCCAAAACUCAAGUUUCAGAAGAAGACCGAUUAGUGAAAGGGCUACUGUAUGGUCGACGUACAAAUCACUAUGAUCCGCAGAAAGGUGGAGAGAUAUGGGAUGUCGGAGAACACGUGGAUGAGAACUAUGCAGAUAAUGAAGGAGAGGACGAUUGGGAAGGAGAGCCUGUCCCAUGGGCAGUCGGGGAGUUAUAA